ACGCGAUUUGGUCUAUCCCUAAGGUCGCUGAGGUUCUUGGUCCUGGGCGGAACCAUUCAUAGCUGCAGUACUAAGUAUCUGCGUCAUCUAAAAAAGAUAAAAUAUUAUGAUUUCAUUUUCACUAAUCUUUUGGUCGCUCCCUGUCGCACCGUCAAUUUCGUUUCCUCUGAAAUUUAGUUAGCUGGGCUGCUUCAUGCAAACAAAUUAUACUUUCCUAGCGCUAGUUGCUCGGCUAGAACAUGUUAAUCAAGAAGGAUAAACAAAUUUUUUACGAAACUCGUGGAGUAAAAAGUGUAAACGACAAGGCGGCAAAAGCCAAAGAAACCCAUCAACGAAUCGUUCCAGGCUUUACGACACAGAGCCGGCAGAAAAAUGUUAAGGUAGCUCUCCCCAAAAUAACCGGUAUCUUCAAGCCGCGCCCAAUUGGAAAAACUCUUUUUUACAAAUUCUAUGAGCGGGGAGAUUUCCCUAUUGGACUGGAACAUGGGGCCCGAGGGAACCGAAUUGCAUGGAAGAUUCCAUUGGAUAAAAUAGAUUACCAUCAUUAUCUUCCAUUGUUCUUCGAAGGACUGAGGGAAACCACCCACCCCUACGAAUUUUUUGCGCGACAAGGCACUCACGACCUCCUGGAACAUGGUGGACCCCUGGUGCUUCCGGUCGUGCCCCAGCUGAUAAUGCCACUGAAACGUGCCCUGAACACACACAACCCACAAGUAAUGUGCACAACACUCAAGGUUCUCCAGCACUUGAUUCUGUGCUGUGACCUUUGCGGAGAGGCAUUAGUACCUUACUACCGUCAACUUCUUCCGUCUUUCAAUAUCUUCAAAUUCAAAAAUGCCAACCUUGGAGAUGGAAUUGAGUAUAGUCAACAGACCCGCGAUAAUCUGGGCGAUCUGAUCAACGAAACUCUGGAACUGAUGGAAAGGCACGGUGGAGAAGAUGCAUUCAUCAAUAUCAAAUACAUGAUUCCCACUUACGAAUCUGCUGUGCUAAAUUGAUCGCCAAUACGAGCGGAAGUCCCGAAAGAAUUGAAUGGGAGUUAACGUUGACAUCAACCAAUCAUUAGAGAAUUAAGGAAGGUUAUUGUACACGAAAUGUAGCUUGUCAAAGUUUGACUUCGGACUGUUCUUAUUUGGUUUUUGCGUCACUGAAUGAUACAUGGUACAGUUUUUGAAGGCUUAGAAAAAUAUUUUGUGAAUCUUACUUUGCUUGGAGAGAAGUUGCAUUAAGACUAUUAGCGAGAUCUCUACAUCUGGCAGAUGUAAUACUAUAUUGGUUUCUAGUAGUUUUGCUUAUUUGAUUACGAGACACA